AUGAUUCCCUACCCUUCUGGAGUGCUGCAUAUGGGCCAUCUUCGAGUGUAUACCAUUUCCGAUGUUCUUGCCCGGUACCGAAGAAUGGCAGGCUACGACACCGUUCACGCCAUGGGCUGGGAUUCGUUCGGUCUACCUGCUGAAAAUGCUGCUAUCGAGCGACAAAUCCAUCCCGCAGAAUGGACGGUGUCCAAUAUGGCCAAGAUGAAGAGCCAAAUGGACGAAAUGCUGGCGGAGUUUGACUGGGAGCGGGAGUUCUCGUCGUGUUUCCCGGACUACUACAAGUGGACCCAGAAGCUGUUUCUGAUGAUGUACGAGCAUGGCAAGGCAUAUCAGGCUCUUUCGCCUGUUAACUGGGACCCUGUGGACCAGACAGUGCUUGCCAACGAGCAGGUUGACUCUGAGGGCCGGUCGUGGCGAUCCGGCGCCAUUGUCGAGAAGAAAAUGCUUCGACAGUGGUUCCUCAAGAUCACUGACUACUCAGACGCUCUGUUGGAUGACCUCAAGCUGCUGGACCAAUGGCCUGCCAAGGUGAAGACCAUGCAAGAGCACUGGCUGGGCCGAUCUGAGGGAGCUACUGUUGUUUUCGACAGUACAUCCGAGGGAAACUUCCCCGUUUUCACAACCAGACCUGACACUCUGUUUGGUGUGCAGUUUGUGGCUCUUGCUCUGGACCAUGCUGAUGUCCGAGAAGCCGCCAAGACUGAUUCUGAGCUUGCUGCCUUUUUGGAACGAGCGAAGGACCUUCCUGACGAUACCAAGGAGGGCUACCUCAUGAAGAACCUUUCUGCUAUCUCUCCCGUGACUGGUGAAAAGCUUCCUGUAUUCGCCGCACCAUACGUUAUUGGCGACUACGGCAGUGGAUGUGUCAUGGGCUGUCCUGGUCACGACGAACGAGACUUUGAGUUCUGGGGCAAGAACGGUUCUGGACCCGUCAAGACCGUCAUUGACCCUGUAGAGGGAGAAGAGGUCAGUGUGCCUCUUACCAGCCGAGGAGUUCUCAACAAGCACUGUGGAAAGUACGCUGGCUCUCCUUCUUUGGAGGGAGGAAAGUCUAUCGUCAACGAGCUUCCUGACGAGCAGGCCUCUCUCAAGACCAACUACAAGCUGAGAGACUGGCUUGUUUCUCGACAACGAUUCUGGGGAGCCCCCAUCCCCAUUGUUUAUUGUGACUCCUGCGGUACCGUACCUGUUCCCGACGAGCAGCUGCCUGUCUUGUUGCCUGAGACUGUUCUCCAAAAGGGUGAAAAGCCUGCUACCGCCGCAUCUCUGGCUUUGGCUCACAACGAGGAGUUUAAGAAGUGUAACUGUCCCAAGUGUGGAGGCCCCGCCCGACGUGAGACCGACACCAUGGACACCUUCAUGGACUCGUCGUGGUACUUUUUCCGGUACACGGACCCCCAGAACAAGGAGCUUCCCUUCAGCUAUCAGGCGGCCUCCAACCUGAUGCCCGUGGACAUGUACAUUGGUGGAAUUGAGCAUGCCAUUCUGCAUCUUCUCUACGCGCGAUUUGUGGCCAAGUUCCUCGCCGAUAAGGGCUACUGGUCUGGCGCAGACCUUAACGGUGAGCCUAUUAAGCGUUUGGUGACGCAGGGUAUGGUUCAUGGCCAGACUUUCAAGGAGCCCACCACCGGCCGGUUCCUCAAGCCUGAGGAGAUUGACCGGUCUGGCCCCGUGGCCAAGGUUCAAGGCACCGACGUGGAAUGUGCUGUGUCCUGGGAGAAGAUGUCCAAGUCCAAGUACAACGGAGCCGACCCCAGCACAUGCAUCCAGCAGCAUGGAGCCGACGCUGUGCGAGCCCAUGUGCUGUUCCAGGCUGCUGUCAACGACGUGCUUGACUGGGACGAAGGCAAGAUUGUCGGCAUCAAGCGAUGGCUUCUCAAGGUCAAGUCUAUCACCGAAAGUGUGGUCAAGCUAAACCCUUCCAGCAAGGGGCUUGACAAGUCUAGCUUUUCCGACGCUGACCGUACACUUUGGAACGAAACCCAACACUACGUGAAGUCUGCCAGCGACUCCUUCCAUGAGUCACUCCAGCUCAACACUGUCAUUAGUGAUUACAUGAAGCUCACCAACACCUUGCAAAAGGAGUCCGGGGCCUCUCCCGAGGUGCAGCUUUAUGCUCUUGAGACUCUUCUCAAAAUUAUGUCUCCUGUUGCUCCUGCCAUGGCCGAGGAGUGCUGGGAGUUGAUUUGCAAGUCCAAGGGUGCUGAGUGGAGCUCCGUGUUUCGAAACGCGUUUCCUGAGGCUCAGGCUGAAAUCCAGUCAGCCACGGUUCCGUUCAAGGUGAUGAUCAAUGGCAAAUUUCAGUUCACUGCCAAUAAGCCUCACGACUUUGGCUCUCAAAGCGAGGCUGAAAUUCUGGCUCAGUUGCGCACAAUUUCCGACAAGCUUGGAGACAAGCCUGUUCGAAAGGUGAUCAUCCCCAAGAAGGGCAAUGUCAUUUCGCUUGUGGUAUAA